CCUCCUCUUGCAUGACCAAAAUCUUGUUCAAGGUGACCAUCCCGACCCAAGGCUGCUUAUGUCAAUAGAAUAUCACAAGCGAGAUCUUGCAACCAUACUUGAAACUGUAAAAUGGCAGUUGGAAGAUUUUGAAAGAGCUGUCAACUCAUCAGCUAUGCAAGACAAAUCUCGAUCUAAGGAAGAUGUUAUUUCUAGGCAUUGUCAGUUCAUUAGAGCCAUUAGGGAACAAAUAAAUCACGUUGAGACAAGUGUGGAUGGCCCAUCUAUGGGAGAUUCCAUGAAAAAUUCUGAAUGGAUUAAUUUAAAUGAACAAGAUAGAGAUGGGUUAGCUUUAUUUCUUAUUGGAGGAAAUACCUCUGAACAUUCAAAUCAUCAUGACAUGGAAGAUAGUAGCAUUUUGAGAAGAUUCCUUGAUCGGACUUCAUCAUCUAGUUUAAAAGAUGAUGAAAUUGUUGAGCACAGUAACUUAGAAUUCAAGAAUUUAAAAAUGAACGGAGAUGUACAUGCAGACCAUCACUCUGUAAAGGAAAAAUACCUAAGAAAGAUGGAUUCUCCUUUCCCUACAAGAUUAAGCUCAGAUAUGCAAGAGAUCUCUUGUAACAGGCAAGACGAUACUGGCAAUUGGGACCUGGAAGCGAAUGAUGCCACAUCUAAAAGUGUUUUCCGCGAAAAGAAAUUUAGGGCGUUCCAGGGCAGAAUGAACUUUAGAUUCUUGAACAAUCUGUGGGCUAUGAGCGGGAGCAGGGUCACUAAGAGCUAUAUAAAGAGAUUGAAAGAUGGGGAAGAACAAAGGCAAUCCACGAGAUACAUUGAUGUUAGCGCUUCUGCACAGGGUCAAUGUGUGGGACCAAGGUUAGGAUAUAGAAGUAGCAGCUUGGAAGGAUUAUUCUCUAGAUUUCGAGCAAAUCUAAUGGUCCUGGUUAGCAGCCUGGGAGCAAGAUAUCAAAUAUUUCCCUUUCAUCUUCCAAUUAAUCGACACACAAUUCAAAUGAUAUUCACGACAAUCUUUGCACUCAUAUUUUUGGGUAUACUGGUGUCCAGGAUUGCUUGAAACUGGAAAUUUGCUGUAAGUUCUGCAAAUUAUUCAUGGAGAUGAAGCAUCAACCGCUGGAAAAAAACAAUUAAAUGUACGAACUCUCCACAUCGAGAUUUUGCUUGGGAGCUUAACCAUAUUCACUCCAGUUGAAAAUUUUAACGAACUGAGUAAAUAAUUCCAUGGUCUUGUAAUAUUCUCACUACUAAUGAAAAUAUUUAAAUUGUAAGAUGUAUUUAAAUAUAUGGAAAAACUUUAUUA